UGCGGCGGGGGAGACGGGGCAGGCCCCACCUCCUUUGUCCGCCCUGCCCUCCCAUUGGCCGGGGCCGGGGGCAGGGGGCGGAGACCAGCCAGGGGGCAGAGACCAGCCCGCGAGCCAGGCGGUGCGGGUCUCUCAAGGCGAAGGCUGCACGCGCUCGGCGGGGCCGGUGCGCCGCACUGAAGUCGAGCUCGGGCUGCCAGCCCUCGGCCCGCCGGUGCCAUGGACGGCCUGCGUCAGCGCUUCGAGCGUCUUCUGGAACAGAGGAACUUGGCCACGGAAGCACUAGGGGCGCUCGAAGCAAAGACCGGUGUCGACAAGCGGUACUUAGCCGCGGGAGCCACCACUCUGCUAAGCCUGUAUCUUCUGUUCGGUUACGGGGCAUCUCUACUGUGCAAUCUCAUCGGCUUUGUGUACCCCGCAUAUGCUUCGAUCAAAGCAAUCGAGAGUCCAAGCAAGGAGGACGACACUGUAUGGCUCACCUACUGGGUAGUGUACAGCCUAUUCGGGCUUGCCGAAUUCUUCAGCGAUCUACUCCUGUCCUGGUUCCCUUUCUACUACGUGGGCAAGGUCAGGGGAGCCAAGCAUAACGGCCGCCCAUGCCCGCAGUGCGCCUUCCUGUUGUUCUGCAUGAUUCCCGGGCCGUGGAACGGGGCUCGCAUGUUGUAUCGCCGCAUCAUACGUCCGCUGUUUCUAAAACAUCACGAAGCCGUGGACAGCGUUAUGAGAGACCUCAGCGGGCGAGCCCUGGACGUGGCAGCAGGAAUAACCCGGGACGUCCUGCAGGCCCUGGCCCACAGCCAGGCUCUCAUCACUCCAGUAGCUGUGGUGGAGGGCCCCCCACUGCCCUCAGAGCCAACCAUAGCCAAAGUAAGCGUAACCCAGCUCCAGCAGGACAAGUGAAGUCCCUGCCCAGCCCCCGAGCAGGCCUGCCGAGCAGCCAACUAAAAGGCACAUUGCAUCCCAAGUCCUCCACGGAUCCCUCAACUAACUCUGCAGCACAGACCGCCACUGUUCCGUCAGCCCCUGGGAGCGCCUCACAUACCACCUUGGGCCAGUCCCGGGCCACAGGUGCUGCCAGUGGCUCCAAGCUGCCUGGCAAGUCCCAGGCCCAGCCUGGGUUAAAAGCCAAUUCCUCCAGCCAGCCCCAGGCCCCUGGCCAGCAGCUCUCCCGGCCAUCUGUCUCUUCCUUGGGGCCCUCCCAGCCAGCCCACCGAUUAUCAGGCUCCUCAAAGCGAUUAUCAGGCUCCUCAAAGCGAUCACCAGGCUCCUCACAGCGAUCACCAGGCUCCUCGCAGCAGUCACCAGGCUCCUCACAGCAGCCCAGCACCCCCUCCAAUCAGGGCACCCCCACUGUGCCGUGUCCCAGUGGUACCAACAUCCCCAUGCAGCCCCCCCAAAAGACCUCCAAUGGACCAGAGGAGCUGGCCCCCAAGGCCUCCAAGUCCAGCGAUCAUCAGCAGAAAGGGUCCCCAACACAAGCCCCAACCAGUACCUCCGUUCCUGAGCUUCCUGUUGCCUGCCAAUCUGAGUCCUCUCUGGAUUUCACCUCAGAGUCCACCACUGAAGUCACCUGCAGCUGGCCCCACCACUGCCCCUGGCUCCAGUACCUGCACUGCUGGCAGAUGAAACACCUGGCCUGCUAGGGGAGGGCUCAAUAAAGCACAUCUGGCCAA